AAGGCUAUCAAAAUUGCUUUCUGUUUCCUCAUGUAAUCACUUGGUUUUAAGUAAGCGUUGCCGUGUAAGGUUCAUAUACGUAAACGGAAUUGAUUGGUUAGCAGGCUAGGAAUAAAGACUAGCCAUAUUAAAACAUUUCUUCAUUAAUUGCAAUCUUUGGCAGAGAAUAAGGUCCUAUAAUUCCUCAGUUUAAGAGAGAGAUGGCAACAAGUCCAGAAAAACAGUACAUGUUGUUGGAUGGCAACAGCCUGACAACAGAGAAGUUGGUGACACUUGGAAAGGGAGAAUAUCUCAUCAAGUUGAGUCCUGAAUCAGAAGAGAAGGUCAACAAAGCGAGACAUGUUGUUGAUGCAGUGUUGGAAAAGAAUGAAGUUGUUUAUGGAAUCACAACAGGUUUCGGCAAAUUUGCUAAUACGACAAUUCCAAAAGAGAAAUUAAUAGAACUACAAGAAAAUCUCAUCAGGUCUCAUGCAGCAGGAGUCGGUUCGCCGUUGUCUCCAGAACGGACGAAGAUGUUACUGGCAUUGAGGAUCAAUGUCCUCGCUAAGGGCAACAGCGGUAUCUCCAUGGAGACGCUGCAACAGUACAUAACAGCAUUCAAUGCUUCCUGCUUGUCCUGGGUGCCAGAAAAGGGAACAGUCGGGGCUAGUGGCGACCUUGCCCCCUUGGCCCACCUGGCGCUAGGCAUGAUGGGAGAAGGCAAGAUGUGGAGUCCAGAGACUGGCUGGACAGACGCCAUCUCGGUUUUGAAAUCGAAAAAUCUCAACAUUGUUAAACUGAAACCAAAAGAGGGAAUAUGUCUGAUCAAUGGAACCCAGAUGAUAACUUCACUUGGGGCUGAAGCCGUGGAGCGCGCUGACCUGAUUGCUCGCCAGGCAAACAUCAUCGCGGCGCUCACCGUGGAGGUGCUCAAAGGAACAUCGAAAGCUUUUGACGAACAUAUUCACCGGGCUAGACCUCACAAUGGACAGAUGGAAGUCGCUAAACAGAUUCGAGCCCUGCUGCCGCCAGUACAUCGUUCUGAAAUCAUAGAGAAGUACGGAGAGCGAGUACAAGAUGCCUACACUUUGCGAUGUAUUCCUCAGGUACAUGGCAUCUCCCUCGACACCGUCGUCUGGGUGAAGGGGAUUCUUAACACGGAAAUCAACAGCGCCACGGACAACCCAUUGGUAUUUCCUGAUAAAAGUGAGGCCAAAAUCAUCUCUGGCGGGAAUUUUCACGGAGAGUAUCCAUCGAAGGCACUCGAUUACCUUGCCAUUGGUAUCCACGAGCUGGCCAACAUAAGUGAGAGACGUAUAGAAAGACUGGUACAUCCGGCGCUCAGCGACCUGCCAGCUUUCCUUGUGAAGGAAGGCGGACUAAACUCCGGUUUCAUGAUCGCCCACUGCACAGCAGCCGGCUUGGUGUCUGAAAACAAAGUGCUGUGUCACCCUGCAUCAGUCGACUCCCUGACUACGAGCGCGGGAUCUGAAGACCACGUGUCCAUGGGCGGUUUCGCAGCUAGGAAGGCUCUUCAGGUCGUGGAGCAUGUGGAACAAGUGCUGGCUAUUGAGCUGCUCGGUGCGUGCCAGGCUCUGGACUUGCAUCGACCCCUCAAGACCACUGCGCCACUGGAACGAGUCUUCCAACUCGUCAGAACGGUGGCUAAACCCUGGGAUGUCGAUCGUUACAUGGCACCAGAUAUCGACGCCGUCACCAAACUUCUGCAAGAAGGAAAGAUCUGGAAUGCAGUGCAUAACUAAUGGACAACAACAGUAGAACCAAUAAAACAAUUCAAAUGCCAUGACCAUAUAUUGUAGCCGUGGUACUGAAAACACUAUUUCAUGGACACUUUUCCACAUGACUUUUAGAUGUUUUUGUAGCCGAAUAACUUCUCACUGGAUAUAACAUUUAUUGUGUUAUUGUUUAUUAAUACUAGUAUAUUAUGUCAUUAAUAUCCUAUUGUUAAUCAGAAAUAUUAUGUAAUGAUUAAUAUAUUUUAUUUUUAGUAUAUAUUCAGGUGUGUUUAUUACUAUUAAUCAUGUCAGAACUCUGUUAUUCUCGAAUGUCUAUUUAUAGCACUGAUGUAUUUUAUGUUUAAUAUAAUGUAGAUAUAUAUAUGGUAUAUUUGAAUUCAUCUGUGAGCAAUACUUUAUCAAGAAUGAUAACUUGAAUGAAAUAUAUCUAAUCCGAUAUAUGUACUGAUGUACCACACACACACACACACACACACACACACACACACACACACACACACACACACACACACACACACACACACACACACACACACACACACACACCUGGGGGACACAGGGCUUUGUCAACGAACCAUCCGAAGCCAUUUUUAAAAUAAUAAAACAUAAUUUAAAAAAACCUCCACAGUUUGUUGACGUUUUAAACUUUAAUAUUAAAUGUUAUUUAUUUAAGAAUAAUAUGGUAUUCAUUAAAUUUCUUUAUAAUGGAAUGUACGCACACAGACACACACGCGCACACGCAUGCGCGCAAACACGAGCACUUAUUGAAAUUAAUGUAAUAGAAUUGAUGAUAUAUGUCAAAUAACGUAUACUGUUCUCGACUUAAUUUUGGAGAUACCUGCUAAAAUAUAAAAUAUAAAAUCGAAUACGUAGUUUUUAUUAGAAAUCCAAUUGUGAUCGACUAAAACAACGAAAUAAACUUUUCUUUCUUUU